UUUGCUUCCCACUUCUGCAUCUCUCUCUCUCUAAAUUAUACUACACACUUUUUCCCCUUUCUUCUUUCAUCUUCGUAUAAUAUAUUGCUGUUUGAUUGAUUGAUUGAUGUAGUUGCUGAAAAAUUCCGGUUAGUCUCGUUGGAUUUCAUAGUAGUAGAAAGUGGAAUUACUGCAGCUGGUUCUGACGGAGAUGAAAUCGCCACUGGGGAAGCUGAGAAGAUUGGGGCUGAGCAAGGGCGAGCCAGAGGAGGAUUUGGAUCACCAUAUCUGGGUGCAUAUAGAUGGUUUAGCUCAAGCAGCAAAGGAUAUGAAGGAUAUGAGAGCAUGCUAUGAUGGCUUACUUUCUGCUGCAGCUGCUUCGGCAAAUAGUGCUUAUGAGUUCUCAGAGUCGUUGAUAGAGAUGGGAAAUUGUUUAUUGGACAAAACUGCAAUGCAUGACGAUGGAGAAAGAGGAGGUGCAAUAUCAUUGCUGGGAAGAGUGCAGCUUGAACUUCAGAAACUUGUUGAUAGCUAUCGGUCUCAUAUUAUCAUGACCAUUACACAUCCAUCAGAAUCUCUCCUGAGUGAGCUACAGAAAGUGGAGGAGAUGAAAUUGCAGUGUGACGAGAAAAGAGAGAUCUUCGAGUACAUGUUGGGACAAUUUAGAGAAAAAAGAAAAUCACGACAUGCGAAGGGGGAAACUUUUACCUCGGAGCAAUUGAAGGCGGUUCGUGAUGAAUAUGAUGAGGUUUCAAGGCUGUGCAUUUUUCGUGUAGAAUCACUGAAGCAAGGGCAGUCCCGGAGUCUUUUAACACAGGCAGCUCGCCACCAUGCAGCACAGUUAAACUUUUUCCGGAAAGGACUAAAAUCUCUUGAAGCUGUAGAGCCUCAUGUUAGAAAUAUUGCAGAAAAGCAGCACAUUGACUAUGAGUUAAGUGAAUUGAAUGAUGUGGACAGUUUUCAGACUAAUGAUGAUGGGGAAUUAAGUUUCGACUAUAGCCUAAACAGGAAAGAGCCUGAAAAUGCUACCACGUCCAGGAAUUCAAUGGAGCUAGAUCAGAUGGGUGUAUCAAGUUCCCAAACAUCACAAAUAAAAAAUCUUGAGAUGCAGAUAAGCUUUGGCAGAAACCAAGGGGACGUAUUCUUUAGUGAAAAACGUAGAGCAGGUAUUCAUUCUGCUCCAUUAUAUGCUGAGAAGUUUGACCCUGCCGAAAGAAUUAGAGAAAUGAGGAAUUCUGCACAGAAAUAUAGCAGACAUGUUCUUCCCACUCCUGAUAAUCCAAAGAGUUCGACGAAUAGCUCUACAUCCCUGUCUGGCACCAUAAGCUCCUCCGGUGGGAGCUCGAAAAAUCUGUGGCAUUCAUCUCCACUGGACAUUGAGAAGCAGAAGAAAAUCGUAGAGGGCCAUAUAUCGGCACACAAGCUUCCAAAAUCUCAGGUGCUAGCUGAUGAUAACAGCAACAAGAAGCAUUUUCUCCCUCUACCCCCUUCUGUCCCGCAGUUGGACACACGGAGUGGAUCUGAUAGCCAAAAGAUAAAAAGGCAAGCCUUUUCUGGCCCGAUAGUCAGCAAAUCAUCUAACAAGCAGCCACUCGUACCCACCAGUGGACCUAUCAGCUCUACUGAAGUUUCUGGAUUACAUGGUUCUGUUUCUGGUCUUCCACCACCCCCGUUGACUCUGCCUCAGAAUGCUCCACCUCUGCCCGCAUCUUCUCCCAAAAUAAGUGAGCUUCACGAGCUCCCUCGACCCCCUGAACCUUUCGGCUCCAAGGCCAUGCAUUCUGCUGGGGCUAUCGGACACUCAGCUCCAUUAGUCAGUAGAAAUCGAGAAAUUUCUCCUACUAAUAGGAACCGAUACACGUCAUCAAAAGAAGGGUCUCCACUUCCUCUCCCGCAACUAACUGUCUCCAGAAGUUUCUCUAUACCCUCUAGUAGUGAGAGAGCAACAGCAUUUCAUCCAGGAAAGACAGAAAAUGUCCCUUCUCCCCCGUUAACGCCCCUCUCCUUAUCAACCAUGAAGUCACCAAACUCUGGUCGGAUCAGAGGUGGCAGCUGAAGUAACCUUCACCGGUCCACAAGCAGUUGUAGUUUUCUGGAGUUAGCGUCUUACGGUAUUUUACCCGCGUCUUUGCUGGGUGAAAGUUUGUAUAUAAUGUUGUUUUUACUUUGUUUUUACGUUCGAUUCGAUCAAUAACGUUUACUCCA